AUGCUUGGUCUUCUACUAAAUCUCACAAAAACGAUGUUCAUGAAGAACGUAUUGGUUUCGCAUGCCCCAUUCACGCUCAACGGAACGAAUACCUCCGAAUGCUCCAGUUAUAUCUAUCUAGGUCGGGAAAUCAAUAUGAUGAACGACCUAGCUCCAGAGUUGAUCAGAAGAAAACGAGCGGCUUGGGGAGCUUUCAAGAGCAUCGAGGAUGUAGUGAAGAGAACAAAGAACACCCGACUCCGUGCCCACCUUUUCGACUCAACGGUGCUUCCUGCCAUAACGUAUGCGUCAGGAACUUGGUCAUUGCGUAAACAGGAUGAAAGAUUACUCAGCGUUAUUGAACGCGCAGUCGAAAGGACGAUGCUAGAAGUAUCCCGUUUCACACAAGUGAGGGAAGCGAUCCGAAGCUCCGACUUGCAUCAACGAUCAAGAGUCAAAGAUGCUGUUCUGCACGCCAAACAGUCGAAGGUAAGGUGGGCCGGACACGUAAUGCGUAUGAAUGGCAACCGAUGGACAAGAGCCGUUAGUGGCUGGAUUGUUCGGGAUAUCAAACCUACUGCAGGAAGACCACCGACCCGAUGGUCAGAGUUCUUUACAAGGAGCCUUGAAGAAAGAUACGAUGCUCGACGAGUCACUAGAGCGUGUAGGAGCCACUGGGCCGCUCUUGCACGCGGCAGGGAAUGA